CAAGCAUCUGAUGUGACGGUGUUGGUUGCUGAUGGUUUGGGUGACGUUGCUUUGGGACAGCUCUUCAAUUCGAUUCAAUUUUCCGCGCCUUGCCGCGUGGACUGGCAAUCAGCGAUGCGGAUGUGACUUGGCUUUCAAUUCUUGCUUUUUUACAAAGAGACCCGACGUUUCUCAAGUCCUUGCCCCGUGGAGGGCUUCCGGCUCAACCUAAUCUCCGGCGUUGGCCGGGAGAAGCAAUAGAGACAGCUACCCCGACGAAAGACAACGAAGCGCAAGUGACACCUCUGUGAGGUCGCGCAACCAUCGCCAUGAUGAAUGGCUACGAUGAGAAGCGCGAGCUCGACGAUGAUGCCUUCGGCGCAAAGGGCAGCAUCGUGAGCGCCUUUGACGCAUUCCGUACGACAAUCCCCGUCCCAAUACUCCCGACCCUUCCUUCUAUACCCGUCCCCAAAUCCAAACCGCAGUACGUCCAGCGCACAGCCGGCGGCGGCAAAUGGACCGUCGCCAUGGCGCUGGUCUCGCUCGUGCUCUUCUGGAGCGAGCUCGCGCGCUGGUGGCGCGGCGAGGAGCAGCACACCUUCGCCGUCGAGAAGGGCGUCUCGCACGUGCUCAACAUCAACCUCGACGUGGUCGUGCGCAUGCGCUGCGCCGACCUGCACGUCAACGUCCAGGACGCGGCGGGCGACCGCAUCCUGGCCGCCGAGAGGCUGCACCGGGACCCGACCCUCUGGCAGCACUGGGUCGACGGCAAGGGCAUGCACAAGCUCGGCCGGGAUGCCCAGGGCCGCGUCGUCACGGGGGAAGGGUACACGGGCGUCGGGGAGCACGACGAAGGGUUCGGGGAGGAGCACAUCCACGAUAUUGUCGCGCUCGGGAAGAAGAGGGCGAAGUGGAGCAGGACGCCCCGGUUAUGGGGCGCCGAGGCGGACAGUUGCCGGAUCUAUGGUACGCUGGAGCUGAAUAAGGUGCAGGGGGACUUCCAUAUCACGGCAAGGGGCCACGGGUACAGGGGAUUGGGGGAGCACUUGGAUCAUAAGGCAUUCAACUUCUCACACAUCAUAUCGGAGCUCUCCUUCGGGCCCUUCCUUCCGUCGCUCGUCAACCCGCUCGACCGGACCGUCAACGUCGCGUCGGCCCACUUCCACAAGUUCCAGUACUUCCUCUCGGUCGUGCCCACGACGUACAGCGUCGGCCACCCGGGCGAGAUGGGCUCGACCUCCAUCUUCACCAACCAGUACGCCGUCACCGAGCAGAGCCAGGCGGUGCCCGAGACCACGAUCCCGGGCGUCUUCGUCAAGUACGACAUCGAGCCGAUCCUGCUCAACAUUGUCGAGACCCGCGCCAGUCUCUUGAUGUUCCUGCUCAGGGUCAUCAACGUGGUGAGCGGCGUGCUCGUGGCGGGCCACUGGGGGUAUCGGUUGACCGACUGGGUGACUGAGGCGCUGGGGCGGAGGAGGAGAGGGCAUAGCGAGGGCAUGUUGGGUGUGAAAGGGCAUUUUGAUGAAUGA